AUGGAAAAUGGAAUAAAAUAUAUAUUAGAGGUGUAUAAACUAGUUUUUGAAGAUUUAGACAAGUUUCCUGGUGAGUACAAAAUUAGAAUUAAGGAUAUUUGUGAAGAAUUGUUAAAUCCACUUAGGAGAGUGCCAGAAAGUAUUAAGUCAGAGCUUAGAAAGUCAUUAGAUUAA